GGGAUCCAGUCAGAGAAAAGGAGGGAGAGAGUAGGGAGUAAAAAGGAAGGAGGAAAGGCAGAGAAAGCAACACAAUCGCAAGAGGGAGAGAGAGACAACGAGUGAGAGACAGAGAGGGGGGAAAGGGACGGUGGAAGCAGAGCAUCUCUCCAACAGCAAGAGGGAAUCAUGUGAGCUCUGCUGAUAACGACACAGAGAAGAGGAGGAGAAGAGAGGUCUGCUGUACUUCUGCACUGCCUCACCUGAACGUGUAGUAGUUUGGCGAUCUCUGACAAGCAGUGCCUAUUGUAUUGUGACUCCACUGGCAAGCUAUCACACUGGAGAGAGACCGCAGGACAGUUCACAGCAUUUGCGUCACUUCUCUGCGGUGAAUCGAAUCCACACGUUUCCCAGGAUGCACACCCCAGUUUCCAUGGUGAUGGGCAUCGUGUUCGCCCCUCUGGGAUUGGUCCUCGUCUUCACCGCCGCCAUCACUCCCCAGUGGAGGGAGGGGCACACCCGCCUGGGGGUGGCCGGCCCGGGGGCGGGGUCGAGGGUGGGGUCGGGGGUCAGGGGGUCGGCGGGCUCGGCGGAGGCGCUGCUCCUCCUUCGCUCGGACGGCCUGUGGGAGAGCUGCCUGCAGGUGGCCGAGUCGGAGCUGAAGCAGUGCUGGCCGGUGGCGGGGUCCUACGAGAGGGACCCGCGGGUCAGGCUGGCCCAGGGCCUGGUGCUCAGCUCCCUGUUCAUGUGCGGCGCGGGCAUCGUGCUGGCCAGCGUCGGCGUGCGCUGCUGGACCGACAUCCCUCUGAGGAGCGUGGCAGCGGCCGGCGGCCUGCUGGUGGCCCUGGCGGGCCUGCUCAGUCUGACGGCCCUGGGCGUCUACACCCACAGCCUGGGGCUUCUGGGGCAGGAGGAGAGGGGGCACGGGGGGGUCAGGCUGCCCCCUCUACACCUGCAUCCCGGGGGCUCGCUUUAUUUUGGCUGGCUGGGGGCGUGCGUUCAGGUGCUGGGGGGGAGAGCGACCAGAGUGUCCUUCCUGCCCCCGCUGCCUCACCUGCCUCUGCUGCCUCACCUGCCCCCGCCCAUGCCCACACAGCGUCAACAAGCAGGGCCAGGAGGUGUACGAGAUCAGCUGUUAGAGCCGGAGGAGACUGCUGGGAGGACGACAACCGUUCAGAGAAAACGGAAGAUUCUGUGUCGUUGAGAAUGACCGUGUAGAUGUUCUCCCUGUGAGUAUAGAGUGAAGUUACCAGAUGUGUGACUGGAGGCGAGGUGCCCGGGAGACCGUGAAGGAUCGAUCCCAAAGGACGAAGAUCUCGGUGGGGAGGACUUCCCUCUGUGCGACCGAUGGGUGUGACUCAAAGCCAGUUUUCAGAGGACGAGAGUAGGAUACAGGAGCUCUUCAGCUUAUUUAAUAGAGUGCAAACAUACGUGAUUCUGACAUGCAGGAGCAGCAACCAAACCCCAUCCUUCUACAGCUGGCCUUGGAGCACUGAGCUGAGGUUCCUGUGUGGUUGGUGUUAGCUAGAGGACGUGAGUGCUUCAUGGUUUAGGGAGAAGGGCAUGGAGUGAUAGAGGUGCAACAUUUUUAGUCAAUGAAGCUAGUUAAUGAAGUAGCUGUGAUGAGAUUGUUAACUUCGGAGAUAAACUUAAAUCCAUGUUGCCUUUAACUGUGAAAUCUAUUAGAACCAUCUGCCUACUUGUAUUGAGAAUUGUAUAGAGAUUGUUUGUUAUAAUUAUAUUUUAUGAAACCAUCCUACUAAUUAUAACUGUGAUGAUGUCAUAGAUAUUUGUACGGUCCUGUAGGUCCUGUUUGACAGAUUAUUGCUACAGGAAGACACUGUUUAUUCUCAAUGUUUAAAUCAAAAGUUGUCACAAUGAUGUACUUCUGUGAUUCUAGGCUUAAGAAGAUCUUAAACUUCACAGACGAAAAAAUAAAAAUGAU